AUGCAGGUCCAAACUGCUCUCGUCGCAUUGAGUGCGACCCUGGCUGUCGCCGUCAAGCCCCUCACCGUUAAGGGCAAUGCCUUCGUCACCGGAGGCGGCGAAAAGUUCCAGAUCGUUGGUGUCGACUACCAGAUUGGCGGCAGCGCCGGUUACGAUCCUACCCAUGGUCGCGACCCCCUUAGCGAUGGCGAUAUCUGCCUGCGCGAUGCUGCCGUGCUCCAGCGCCUCGGCGCCAACGCCAUCCGUGUUUACAACCUCGACCCUAACCUGAACCAUGAUGCAUGCGCUUCCGUCUUUAACGCAGCUGGCAUGUACAUGAUUCUCGACGUCAACUCCCCUCUCGUCGGCGAGAGUAUCACGAGCUUCCAGCCCUGGACCAGCUACUACGCUGCCUACCUCAACCGCACAUUUGCCAUCGUUGAGGCUUUCAAGAGCUACCCCAACACUCUCGCCUUCUUCUCCGGUAAUGAGGUCAUGAAUAACGUCCAGACCGCUGAGUAUGUUCCUCAGUACCUCCGCGCCGUUACUCGUGACUUGAAGAACUACAUCUCCAAGCAUUCCGACCGCGCUAUCCCCGUCGGUUACUCCGCUGCCGACGUUCGCGAGAUCCUCGUGGACUCUUGGAACUAUCUCCAAUGUGCCGAGAACGGAGACGCCAACGAUCCCAGCCGUAUCGACCUCUUCGGCCUCAACUCCUACUCGUGGUGCGGUGAUUCCAGCUUCAAGACUUCCACCUACGAUCAACUCGUCUCCAGUUUGAAGGACACCUCUGUCCCCGUCUUCUUCUCUGAGUUUGGCUGCAACCAGGUCACCCCUCGUCCCUUCACCGAGAUUGGCUCCAUCUACGGCCCCGACAUGAACUCCACCUUCUCUGGAGGUCUUGUCUACGAGUACAGCCAGGAGGACAACAACUACGGCCUGGUCAAGGUCAACGACGAUCAGUCCGUCACGCUGCUCAUUGACUACCAGAACCUUGCUACCCAGUACAAUAAGAUCGACUUCAAGGCCCUUCAAGCCGUCAAGGCUCCCUCCUCCUACCCCAGCCCCCCCAAGUGCACCUCGUCCCUCAUCAAGGAGAAGGGUUUUAACAACAACUUCACCCUGCCGGACGUUCCCCCUGGCGGCCAGGACCUGAUCAACAACGGUAUCAAGAACAAGCCCUCCGGCAAAAUCAUCUCCAUUUCAGACUGGACCGUCAAGCAGAAGGUCUACAAUGUUGACGGCAAGACGGAGAUCACCGGCCUUGCUGUCACUCCCCUCGCAGACUCCGACUCCAACACGCCCGGCACAAACACGGGCGGUUCGACUGUUCCUGCUGGCAGCGCCACCCCUACCCCUUCGUCGAGCACUCACCAAAAUGCCGGCAUUGCAAUUCGCCCUGAGUUUGCCGCCUUUGCUGCACCUCUACUUGCUCUUUUGUUCUUGUAA